AUGAUCAAGAUGAAGCAGCGCAGGCAGCGCGAGGAGCUCCAGAUGUACUACCGGCAGAUGGGCCGCCCGGCACCCUCCAAGAGUCAUUCUGACAGGAGUCUGCGGCAUAUGCGCACACAGCUGGAGCUGUGCCUGGAGAUCCUUGCCCACUGCGAUCGCAUUGUCGACGACAAGCUUCAGGCUAAAACCAAAAAUGGCCUGGAGGCCGUCGUUCCCAAUCUGAGCUCCAUCAUUCUGACGGGCAAUAACUUGCAGGAGCUCAGCGACUUGGAGCCACUCGGUUCGUUCACCAAGCUGGAAACCAUAUGCCUGCUCAUCAACCCGGUCUCCACAAAGACCAACUAUCGCGAGUACAUGGCCUACAAGUUUCCGCAUAUGCGCCUGCUUGAUUUCCGGAAGAUAAAGCAGAAAGACAGGCAAGGGGCUCAGGAGUUCUUCCGCACAAAGCAGGGCAAGGACAUUCUCAGGGAGGUUUCCAAAAAGUCAAAGCUGAGCGCUGCCGCAGCACUGGCAGCCGAGGCGAGUAGCGGCAAAGGGCUGGGAUCUGAUGGUGGUCGAUUUGCUAACCCGGUUUAG